ACUUGGCGGCGCGGAGCUCUUGGCUUUGGUCGGAGUGGCCACUCCAAGCCGCUCGCCCCGGGGCAGCUCAGCCUCCUCCCCUAAAGGGGACCGUCCGGCCUCCCCGGCCGAGCUCAGGGAAGAAAGUUUGCGGAGCCCGGGGGAGCCGGGGCCACCGGAGGAGGGGAAGGAACCAGAGGACCCGGACCUCCGCUCUGAGUUUGUGCAGCCGUCCUGGGGGGCGCCUGCCCGCCGCGCACGGCAGCCGCGGGGCUCCAGGCCACCUCGAGGAAUGGGACUCGGGGUCCUGUCCUAGGAGGGAGCUGGAGGCGGGUCUGGAGGCCGGUCUAGAGGCCCGGGAGGAACUUCUUCCGCGCGCUGUCGCCUGGGCCCUGAUCGUCUGCAGAAACUCUCCGGAUCCGCUGGGAAAGGACUGAGUGCUCUCCGCCGCUGGGACUCGUCUGGAUUCCGGCAGCAGCUGGGGCUGCGGCUGCAGAGCCUCCCUUUGUCCUCUGCGGACCUCCCUCCCUCCCCUGCGCCCUCCCUCCUCCCGGGAGUGGGUUCCGCUGCUCCAGGCGCCCUCGCAGCUCCUCGUCCUCCCGCCCCGGGGUCCUGGGUGACUCCUAUCGGCCGCCGCGUCCCGGGGGGCCCCGCCGAGGGGCCAGGAGCUGCCGGAGCCCAGGCCCCCGCCGGCCGCACGAUGGUGGCGCGGCGGUCCCUGGCGCGCAGUGCGGGGAGCUGGCUGGUCCCGGGGCUGUGGCUGCUGGCGCUCAGCGGUCCCGGGGGGCUGCUCAGCGCCCAGGAGCAGCCCAGCUGCAGAGGCGCCUUUGAUCUCUACUUUGUCCUGGACAAGUCUUGGAGUGUGUCCAAUAACUGGUUUGAAAUUUACGAUUUUGUCAAGCAACUGACAGAACGAUUUGUGAGCCCUCAGAUGAGAGUAUCUUUCAUUGUGUUUUCUUCUCAAGCAACCAUUGUUUUGCCAUUAACUGGAGACAGAGGCAAAAUCAAUCAAGGCUUGAAGGACUUAAAAGCUGUCACUCCAGUAGGAGAGACAUUCAUCCAUGAAGGACUAAAAAAAGCAAAUGAACAAAUUGAGAAAGCAGGGGGCUUAAAAACCUCCAGUAUCAUAAUUGCUCUGACAGAUGGCAAGUUGGAAGGUCUGGUGCCAUCAUAUGCAGAGAAAGAGGCAAAAUUAGCCAGGUCAUUUGGGGCUAGAGUUUAUUGUGUUGGUGUCCUUGACUUUGUACCAGCUCAGCUCGAAAGAAUUGCUGAUUCCAAGGAACAAGUUUUUCCUGUCAAAGGUGGAUUUCAUGCUCUUAAAGGAAUAAUUAAUUCUAUACUAGCUCGGUCAUGCACUGAAAUCCUGGAAUUGCAUCCCUCAAGUGUAUGUGUGGGGGAGGAAUUUCAAAUCGUUUUGAAUGGAAGAGGAUUCAACUUGGGCAGCCGCAAUGGCAGUGUUCUCUGUACUUACACAGUGAAUGACACCUACACCAAGAGUGUAAAGCCAAUGAGUGUGGAGGGUAAUUCUGUGCUUUGUCCUGCACCUAGCCUGAAUAAAGUUGGAGAAACUCUUGAUGUUUCAGUGAGCUUUAACGGAGGAAAAUCUGUCAUCUCGAGCUCAUUAGUAGUCACAGCCACAGAAUGUUCUAAUGGGAUUGCAGCCAUCAUUGCCAUUUUGGUGUUACUGCUGCUCGUGGGCAUCGGUCUGAUGUGGUGGUUUUGGCCCCUUUGCUGCAAAGUGGUUAUCAAGGAUCCUCCUCCACCACCACCCCCUGCACCAGUAGAGCAGGAGGAAGAGGAUCCUCUGCCAAACAAGAAAUGGCCAACGGUGGAUGCUUCCUAUUAUGGCGGCCGAGGGGUUGGAGGAAUUAAAAGAAUGGAGGUUCGCUGGGGUGAUAAAGGAUCUACUGAGGAAGGUGCAAGGCUCGAGAAAGCCAAAAAUGCUGUGGUGACAAUCCCUGAAGAACCAGAGGAACCCAUCAGGCCUAGGCCACCUCGACCCAGACCCUCGUACCAGCCUCCUCAGACAAAGUGGUACACCCCGAUUAAGGGCCGGCUGGACGCGCUCUGGGCUUUGCUGCGGCGGCAGUACGACCGGGUGUCCUUGAUGCGACCUCAGGAAGGAGACGAGGGCCGGUGCAUAAACUUCUCCCGAGUUUCGUCUCAGUAAAAAGAAAGACCAAGAAGGUAUGAAGAUGGUAUAUCUUCACACUGCUGAUUUCCAAGCAAAUGAAAACCAAUAAGUGCAUCUUACAAGUUUUUGGAAGAGCAGCUUUAUUCCUCUCAGUGGGGAAAUGUUUUCUCUGCCUUCUGCUUUGCUUGCACCAGACAUUUUCAAACACUUGUUCUGCCAUCCACCUGGGAGUUGAUGAAACCCAGUGGUAACUCAUGACUCAUGGCAUUGAAAAUGAAAAGGACCAUUAAUCUACAUGCCAUGACUUAUACAAAAGUUUGCAUGAAUGUGUAAAAAAGGAAAACAAUAAUAAAAAAUAAAAAUAAAAACAACAGCAUGAAGAUGAUAUCAAAACAGAGACCACAAAACUACUGGCCAUGAUGGAUCUUUAAUGAAGAAAGGAGCGUUGAACGUGGUAACAUGGCUCUCAUGUUUUCACAUGGCAAGACUGUGUAUCCACAGGCAGAGGAUGAGAUUUCCUGCCAGGCUCAGCAAAUAAAGGAGUCUAUUGCCUUAAAGCUCUGUCAGAUCACAAAAUCCUUCCACGUUCCCUACCACUCUGUGCCUAUGGGAAGCUUCUGCCUGGAAAAUCUUGUCAUUCUCACACUGAAAAGUGCACACGCAUGACAAAAUGUAGACAGUUUGCCCCCAGGUAUUGGUAGCAAGCAAGAUUUUGCCCUAUAGUUUUUCAAGACACCUUUCUUUCAUUAUGCUCUCGGGAAAGAAGACAAUUAAUAGAGCGUUAUUACACAGGAAGACAGCCUCUACCCAGAGGUUUUGAGUGGAAUAUGAGGGACUCAUGAUUUGAGACCUUGCCCCUGUGAUUGGUAGACUCACCCCUCUUUCUAUGUUUAGGGUUUAGUAGUGCGUAAAGCAUCAAUAUCUGUAAACAUACCAAGGAGUUUUGUUUGCUUUUAAUUUAAUGGAAGCGGUAACCACAAAGCUUCCGCUCAGGGUUUUUUUUUCUUUCUCCAAGUGUCCGAGGGCUCCUCAGCGUCACAAGCCAGCAACUCUCUUUGCAUGAAAAUUUCAAAGUUUAAUUACUAUAAUUAAAGGCAACAGCAAGCAGCAGCCUGUGAAGAUUUUGCUCAUCUUUUUUAUGCCUUUUGACAUUGAAUGACCUAUUACUGUAUGCACAUUACUUGGAUUUUUGAGGGGCCCUUUAUCUCGGAUGUGAUUCCGUAGAGAAGAAAAGAUCUCCAUUCACCGAUUUGAAAAUUAAAUGUUCAGGAGGAUCCGCCACCACAGAACCUCAAAAAUGUAUGUAUUAGAGUUUUUUGUAGGAAAAUCACCAUCGUGUCAUGUCGACGAUGCCAAAUGAUGUUAGCGUGAGCGGAAACACGGUGGGGGAGGAAGAAGGCAGCAGCUGAAGAGGAAAGCUCGAAUGAUCUAGUCACUUUCGAUACUGUAUUUCAGAGGCGAAAUGGGUAUUCGACGCGAAACCUGACAAAGUGCGCCCGCUUUGAUGGGAACCGGUAUAGACAAUGACCAGUGGCUGGGUCAGUGGGAUGUCUCUCUGCGAGCACCAAGGCUUAUCAAAUGACAUAAAAAUAAGUUCAACAACCAUCACGUUGGAAGGGAGAAGGCGGACAUCUCAUGUUUGGCGGGCAUGUGAGUGCAUGCGAUGGAAAGAGCGAUCUGGAGCAACCCGGUAUAAUUACCCCCAUUGUGCUCUUCAUGGCGAUGUCAAAGGACGGGAGUGAUUCUGUGGGUUGGUGUCCAGAUUUGUGGUGCUACUCCGAGAAGCCUGGCUCACACACGCAAAUCUAUGUAUGUACAUGUAUACCUUCUGGCUUGAAUCUUUUGCUCAAGUUUAUUUAUGUCACUGGCUGGCUGGAUCCAAUGUCAUGUGUCUACAUAUUCAUAAAUAAAAUGUUACCUGUG